AUAAGGCUUCCUUUUUGUCUUUUUAUUUGUCCUGAUUAUAAAAAAAUGGCACCACAAAAGCCAGUGCCCCAAAAAGUUGGCAAGCCAGAUCCAGCUCCAAAGGAAGAACCAGCUCCUGGAGCAGCAGGACCAGCACCACCAGCUGAUCAGAGACCAACCCCAGAAACAGCACUGGACAAAACUGCUCUUGCCCCAAUGGUCCCAACUCCAGGGCCAGCAGCAAAAGCUCCAGAAAAAGCCAACCCUGCACCUGGACCAGCCCCAGUGGCAGCAACACCUGGACCAGCCCCAGUGGCAGCAACACCUGGACCAGCCCCAGUGGCAGCAGUCCAAGAAACAGAUAAAGCCCCAGCUUCUCCAAAUCAAGCUAUCAAAUAUGAUCCUGCCAUUGUAGGUAAUCUCACUGCUGAACAACUUGAAGAAUUCAAAGAGGCUUUCCAGCUGUUUGUCAGGAAUCCUUUGAGGGAGAUGAAGAUUUCGUUAGCUCAAUGUGGAGAUGUGAUGAGAGCAUUGGGUCAAAACCCAACGAAUGCUGAAGUCUUGAAUGUUCUAGGGAAACCCAAGCCUGAGGAGAUGGAGUCAAAGCUGAUCGACUUUGAGACUUUCCUACCUAUGUACCAACAAGUUUCAAAGUCAACUGAAAAAGGCACGUUUGAAGAUUUCAUGGAGGGCCUUCGGGUCUUUGACAAAGAAGGCAAUGGAACAGUCAUGGGGGCUGAACUUCGCCAUGUACUUGCUACUUUGGGUGAGAGGUUGUCUGAGGAUGAAGUGAAUCAGUUGCUGACAGGGCAAGAGGACACAAAUGGGUGUAUUAACUCUGAGGGUAAGAAGAGUGAAUUAAAUCACUCAAGACUUCCCUCUAUUAUGACUUGCCUUUAA